AUGUCUUCUACUUUGAACAAUGGAGCUCAGAAUGGCCAGAAUGGCCUGGUUGGCAUCGUUGGCAUGGCCUGCCGUGUCCCGGGGGCUACAAACAUCCAUGAAUUCUGGCAACUGAUGAAGGAGCGCAGAGACCUUCGUCGCAAGAUGCCUGCUGACCGAUUCAACGUGGAUGGGUUCUACCAUCCCAAUGGCCCGAACAAGGGGACUUUGAACGCUCCCUAUGGAUAUUUCCUGGACCAGAAUCUGGGAGAUUUCGAUGCUGGCUUCUUCGGUAUCUCUCCCAAGGAGGCCGAAGCGAUGGACCCUCAGCAGCGCCUCGCUUUGGAGGUUGUGUACGAAGCACUGGAGGACGCUGGUAUCCCAUUCCCCGAUCUUGCGGGAUCUCGCACCUCGGUCUAUUGCGGCUCGUUUACCAAUGACUACGGUAAACUGAUUGAUCGGGAUAUGGCCUCAUAUCCCAAGUACACGGUUACAGGAACUGGUCAGACAAUCCUGUCUAAUCGUAUUUCCUAUUUCUACGACUUUCAUGGUGAAAGCAUGACGGUGGACACCGCAUGCUCUUCAUCCCUGAUUUGUCUUCAUCUCGGGGCACAAUCUCUCCGGAAUGGCGAAUCCGAUACGGCAAUUGUUGUUGGCUCUGCUCUCCACUUCGAUCCCAACAUGUUUAUUACUAUGGCUGAUUUUGGUAUGUUAUCCCCUGAUGGACGAUCCCGGUCCUUUGACGCAAAUGGAAAAGGCUACGCGAGAGGAGAGGGGAUGUGUGUGGUGGUCUUGAAGCGGCUGCAAGAGGCCGAGCAGAAUAACGAUCGCAUUCAUGCGGUGGUUCGCGCGACUGGAGCGAACCACGACGGCACCAAGAAUGGCAUUACGCUGCCCAACCCAGUGGCCCAAGAGGCACUGAUCCGGCAAGUGUACAAAAAGGCCAAUAUCUCUACUAAAGAUACAGCAUACUUUGAGGCCCACGGAACCGGAACCAAAGCGGGAGACCCCCGUGAGGCCCGAGCAGUUGGGGCGGUCUUUGGAAACGAUGGUCGCUCUGAGCCUCUUCAUCUCGGCUCUGUGAAGAGUAUCAUUGGUCACCUUGAGGGAGCGGCUGGAUUAGCUGCUGUCAUCAAGGCAGCCCUUAGCGUCAAGCAUGGCAAAAUCGCCCCCAAUAUGCAUUUCGUCCAGCCAAACCCGGAGAUUGACUUUAAGAAGUGGAAUCUUUCUAUUCCAACUGAGAUGAUUGACUGGCCGGCUAACUACGUCUCCCGCCGUGCAAGUAUCAACUCCUUUGGCUAUGGAGGGUCUAACUGCCACGUGGUUGUGGAGGCGUAUACCAAGAGUAUCACAGCGAGCAGCUCACCCACGCCAAGCAGGCGGUACCUUCUGCCCAUCUCGGCGCAUUCAGAGAAGGUGGGGAAGAAGGCUGCUGCUGCGUUGCACGACUAUCUCCUUGCACAUCCCGAUGUCGACUUGGCCAAUUUGGCCUACACCCUCAGCCAACACCGUGCCAUGCACGAGAAGCGAUCAUUCGUUUCUGUUAUGGAUGCUAGUGAGGCAGCCUCGCUUCUAGCAGAAACGGAAAAGCCUCUUGCCUGGACCACCGCAAAGCCUACGAAACGACUGGGCUUUGUCUUUACGGGACAGGGAGCUCAAUGGGCGCAGAUGGGUGCAUCGCUCCUUGAUGCUUCACCCGCCUUCCGCGAUGCCAUCGCAGAAUAUGACAGAAUUAUCCAGAGUCUACCUGAUCGGCCGGACUGGAGCGUUGCCGAGGAACUGCGGAAGACCAAGGAGGAAUCACAGAUCAACAAGCCUCAGUUUUCGCAGCCAAUCUGCACGGCUGUUCAGCUCGGUCUUCUUGCUCAGUUGAGCGAGUGGGGGAUUAAACCAUCUGCCACCGUCGGUCACUCCUCUGGAGAGGUUGCCGCUGCUUAUGCUGCCGGGCUGAUCUCGUUCUCAUCAGCGGUAGUGAUUUCCUACUACCGCGGAAAGUAUACCUCCCAGGAUGAAUCGAAGGACUCCACCAUCGCAGGAGGCAUGCUUGCAGUCGGAAUGACUGAGGCAGAGGCUGAGAAAGCCUUGAGACCCUAUGUUGGUCGCAUCUGUGUGGCAGCUAUCAACAGCCCGUCGAGUCUUACACUGUCGGGAGACUUGGACGCCGUCAAUGAGCUAAAGGAAGAAUUAACUCAGAAGGGUGUCUUCGCUCGCUCCCUAGUAGUGAAGCAGGCGUACCAUUCUCACCAUAUGCUCCCUUUCUCUGCGGCCUAUCUGCAGGCCAUGGAGGGAUAUGCUCACUCUCCACCCACCCCCUCGAACACCACAUCCAUGGUCUCUAGCGUGGUCGGCCGUACCCUCCGACAGUCUAUGGUUGAGCCCCAGUACUGGGUAAACAACCUCACAUCCGCUGUGCGGUUCUCCGACGCCCUGACUGAGACGGUCUUGGACGAAUUGGAUCAGGUCAAAAUAGACGCCCUCGUCGAGAUCGGGCCGCAUCCGGCUCUCAAGGGUCCCGUCCGACAAACCCUGGCUUCUCUGGAUCUAGACAUUCCUCACGUGGGAACACUUGCACGUGGGGCUGACGAUUUCCAAUCCCUCCUCACCACCGCUGGUCAGCUUUAUUCUCUUGGAUAUGCCAUUGACCUGGCCAAAGUGAACGACUAUGCCUCUCAUCCGCGACAACGCGUGGAAGAUCUCCCUACGUAUCGCUGGGAUCAUGGCCGAUACUGGGCCCAGACGCGUCUCGCUACUGCCUAUCUCCAACGGGGGUAUCGCCAUCCUUUGCUCGGAGCUUUACAGCCAGAUUCGACAGAUCAGACUAAGCGCUGGAGAAACUACCUACGUCUCAAGGAGAUUCCCUGGCUGGCAGGCCACAAGGUUGAGGGCCGUGUUAUCUUCCCUGCAGCUGGAUAUCUCAGCUUGGCAGCGGAGGCGGCAUGUCGGAUAACCGAUGUGGACUCAGUGGAACUGCUCACAUUCCAGGAUGUGCAUAUCAAGGCAGCUUUGGAAAUCGCCAAUGGCGAGUCCGCGACGGAGGUUAUUACGGAGCUCCGCGAUAUGCCAAACGGAUCAGGAUCCGAAUGGCAGUUCAUCUUCAGUUCCUUUGAUACUGAAGGCAACUCCCGCCAACAUUGCCGGGGUAUCCUGUCCGUCGCAUCGUCGACUGCCGAAUUAUCAGAUAUUGAAAGAUACUCGGAGGCUCAGAAAAACCGUGAGAAGCCCUCCAGGGCUAUACCAGACGAACGAUUCUAUCGCAAGCUACAGUCUCUUGGGCUGGACUACACGGGCCCGUUCAAACGUCUGAUUGGCACGGUAGAGUCACAGCCCGGGUUCGCCACGGCCGGAAUAGAGGCAGCGUCUGACGUGUCUUCUUCCGUGGAUUGUAUCUUAGAUCCCGGAUUUUUGGAUGCCACUCUGCACCCAGUAUUUGCCGCUGUGGAGGCUGAGCUUGGGAGACCGAUCACACAGCCGUUCUUGCCGGUCUACCUGAACUCAUUAAAGAUAGCAGGCCCGAUGUUGCACAGGCCAUUGCCAGAGGAUAUGAGAGUUUUCUCUUGUUCCAAUAAGACGGCCACUCGAUCCCUGAAAGCGAGCACCCAUGUUCAUACAGAGUCUGGACAACCCCUGAUCGCUCUGGAAGGGCUUGAGCUUCGAGCCCUGGGAGCAGAUGAAAGCGCAAAUGACCAGCGAUCUCUGUUCCAACAGAUACGCUGGCGCCCUUCUUUUGAUCUCCUUGACCCAGCCAAAAGUCCCGAGGUGUGCAGCUCUAUCACAGUCUUACUGGAUACGUUUGCGCACCAGCAUCCGGAUGCAUCGGUUCUGAUUGUCGCUUCCGGCUUGGAUAGCACCAAGGAUCUGUUAAUGAACGGAUUCUGCAUCCAGCUAGGAAAGCGCAAGCGGUACAAGGAUAUCACCAUCGUCUCGGAGACUCCCAGUGCAUCUGAGGAGAUUUCCGCACUUGUCGCUCAGGAGAAGUGGCCGUCCAUACUGGUGUCGCACACAAUCCAGAGCGAGGAAUCUUAUGACUUGAUCGUCUUGGUGGCAGACCAGACUGUCUCUUCUGAGAUGCUCCGCAAGAACGGCACUGUUAUUAGAGAAUCGACGGUCGCACUGGACACCCGCGAUCUCGUCAGACGCUUCCAGCAUGGAACCAUCGAAUGCUGGAAGAAAACUCAGCCCUCUGGCCCUACAUCGGCUUUGAGGUCCAUCGCCUGUAUAAUCGCUAGAAGCCCAUCUCAAAGGACCAAAGAAACUAUGGGCUUGCUGCAAAAGAGAACUGGUAGCUCUAUGAAGACCACUACAUUUUCUGAGUUAAGUCCGGAAGCCAUUCAGGCGCUACCUGAAACGAUUAUUGUGUUGGAGACUCUCGACGAGUGUCUUCUAGGAAAAAUCGAUAAUCGUCAGUCGGACUACUUCGAUGGUAUGAAGGAGUUACUCUCCGCGUACGGCAAAAAGAUCUACUGGGUGUUAGAGGGCGCCAUGAUGGAUUCCACAAAUCCAGAGUCAGCCAUGAUCUACGGUAUGCUGCGUGUUGCGCGCAGUGAGAAUGAUGUCUCCCUCAUCACCUGCCUUGAUGUUGCUCCAGGUAUCCAGGCUGCCCAAAUUGUCGAAGCAAUGGAGCCGGUCCUUACGUCGGUGGAGCUUACAGAAGACGAAAUUGCGGAGCGCAAUGGCGUGUAUCACAUUCCUCGUUUGGAAAUGGACGACGUGCUCAAUGGCAAGUUGUUCAACGGAUUCAAUAGAACGCCGGCCAAGGCCCCGUUCAAGCAAGAUCAGCUACUACAGCUAAAGUCGGAAGUGAUUGGCCCUAGCCGCCAUUUCGUCUUUAAUUCGUUGCCCGAAGUGCCACUGCAUGACGAGGAAGUGGAGAUUGAGAUAAAAGCAGCUAGAGUGACCAAGAACGACAGCAUUCUAGCUCAGCAGGAAACAGCAAACGCCCGAUUUGGUGGCGAUUGUGCCGGCGUCAUUGUCAAGCGUGGCCAGGAUGUCGCUGAAUUCAACCUUGGAGAUCGAGUUGUGGCUCUUCGUCCUCUCCAAGGUUCCAUGGGCAACCGUGUACGCGUCCCAGCGGCAUUAUGUCGCCGGCUGCAGGACAGCGAGAAUUUCGAUCUGGCUACUCUCUGGCCCACCGCCGUGACAAUGGCAUAUUAUGCCCUGAUGCAUAUUGCCCGCCUUAUGGCCGGAGAAACAGUUCUCAUCUUCUCUGCGGAGAGUGAGACUGGCCAGUCAUUGAUUCAAGUCGCUCGGCGCCUCGGAGCAAAGGUAUAUGCUGUAACAAACUCAGCAGUCGGGAAGGCACAUUUACAGGAAUUAUGGCCUGCCAUGCCAACCUUCACGCUCGAUGAAAUCACACAUGAUGGUAAAGGAACUGUCCCAUCCGCGGAUGUCAUCUUGAGCAACCACGGUUCUCAAUGGGGAUCCCAAUUCCUAAAGCUUCUUUCGCCAAUUGGACGUUUGGUUGACUACUCGGAUAUCGAGCCUUCCCAGGCAGUUGGAGCCAUCGGCCAAGAGCCCUACAACCCAUCCACUCAUGGUGCAUCCAUUGCUAGUGUCAACUUCAAUACUCUUCUCGAACACCGGCGUGUACUGGUCUUAGAAUGCUUCUCCCUGGCACACGACUUGGUUCAGAAAGCAGCUAUCCAGCCCAGAAUUGAUUCGCGCAUCUUCAGAUUCGCACAGAUUCAAGAGGCUUUUGACUACCUACAGAAGAAUACCCAAGAUAGCGAGGCCGUCAUCUUGACGUCUGAGGAAAGUGAACAAGUUCCCAUCUCCCCGCCGCGUUUUGGAGCUUCUGCAAGCAUAUUCUCCCCUGAGAAGGUCUACCUGCUCGUCGGUGGCCUCAGUGGAUUGGGGCUCGAGCUGGCAGAAUGGAUGACACUGCGUGGUGCCCGCAAAUUGGCCUUCAUGUCCAGAUCGGGUGCUGGCCGUCCCGGCUCUAGCGCAAAUGCUAUGCUGGACAGAUUGACAGCAAAGGGAGUGUCCUCGUCCGUGUAUCGUUGCGAUAUAGCAGACUACACCGGUGUUAAACAGUGCAUCGAUUCAAUCAGUGCUGAGCUAGGUGGUAUUUUCCAUGCUGCAGCAGUUAUCGAGGACAGCCCUCUCCAGCAAAUGUCUGUGUCUCAAUGGCGCCGGACAAUAACCCCCAAGGUCCAAGGAGCUGACAACCUCGAUCGAGCAACGGCGGAUAUGAAGUUGGAUUUCUUCAUUUGCUUCUCCUCGGCAUCAGCCAUUGUCGGCACCAAGGCACAGGCCAGCUACGUGGCCGGCAAUGCUUAUAUGGAUGCGCUGAUGCGCAGCCGUCGACAGCGAGGACUCUCUGGCACAACUAUCAACAUUGGCAUGGUUGUCGGCAUUGGGCUGGUUGCGGCAGAUGCGAAAUUAGAGGCCACGAUGAAACUCACGGGCUUUGAUCCUGUCAAUGAAUACGAGUUCUUCAGUCUUAUAGAAGAGGCAGUUCGCACUGGGGACUCCCUCGCGACUUCCAAUGAAAGGAAUGUGGAUAUGUACCGCAUAGUCACCGGCACUCGUGUUACUGGACCGCAAUGUUUCUGGUACAAGAAGCCUCUAUUCAAGCAGCUGGCGGCCGUAUUCGAUGAGGAAGAGAGGCCUACUGCAAGCAGUUCAGAGAAACAGGACCUUGUCCCGCUUCUGCGCGCUGCGAAAGACAUCAAGGCUCGCUCCGAAUUAGUGAUGAACACCUUCAAGGAGACACUUUCAAGAAUCACGGGAGUGACCCUCGAGAACAUCGUUCCUGAUAAAUCACUGGUCAGCUACGGGUUAGAUUCCCUGGUGGCGAUGGAGAUUCGCAAUUGGUUUGCGAAAACCCUCCAGGUGAAUGUGGCUGUAUUUGAGAUCCUCGGGUCUGGAACUAUCGCCGCUUUGAUUGCUCGAGUUGUCAAGGAUAUUCCAGACUCACUCCUGCGUUCAGAAUCGACUUCAGACGCUAAUGCAGUCGCUAAGAAGGACACUAAUUCGUCUUCGCCAAAGAGCGUUAUUGACAAGAUACCACGACCCCAGCAUAUCCCCAUGUCUUCCUACCAGACACGGUUCUGGUUUAUGCACCAGAUGGCCGAGGAUAAGUCUGCCCUCAACAUAUCUGUUACCAUGUAUAUGAAAGGUCGUUUGGAUAUUGAGGCGCUUACCGCUGCGUUUUCAACGAUUCGCAAGCAGAAUGAGGUACUCCACACCGCGUUUGUUCAUGGAGACGAUUUCCCUGAACAAGUGGUUGUGGAUAAGGAUGCCUACGAAGUCUUCUCUGAAGACCUUUCAUCCGCGGAUAGCCCCGAGCAGGCGGCUCUUGCUCGAAUUAAUCAAUUGCGGGCAAGGGAGCUUGACAUCGAGUCUGGAGAAACCGUGCAGAUUACUCUUCUCAAGCUGGCAGCCGACAAAUAUGCUCUUGUUCUGAUCGUCCACCACAUCGUUACCGAUCGGGGAAGCUCUAAAAGCUUCCUCGACCAGCUUGUGGCCUUAUACAAUGACGCUGUUGGUGGAAAGUUGCAAGAAUCAAGCAAAGCAAAGACGCAGUACAUUGACUUCACUCUCUGGCACGAGCGCCAUCUCAGCAGCCCUGAGAUGAGACCUCAUGUUGAUUACUGGAUUGACACCUUCAAAGAUUCUCAGCAGACUAGCGCCUUGCUCCCAUUUUCUCGCCCGCGGCCAGAAAGGCAGACUUUCAAGACCGCGUCUCUCUCUGCACUUCUUGACGCAUCCCUCCUUGCUCGCAUGAAACGCGUUGCCGCCCGAUUUAAUAGCACCGUCCCACAGUUUAUUCUUUCAGCUUUCCGGUUGAUUCACUACCGCUAUACCCAACAGGAAGACCUCACCAUCCACCUUGUCCACGGCGAUCGGCCACACCCAAUGGUUUACGAUACACUGGGCAACUAUGUCAACCUGCUCCCGAUCCGUCACCAACUUGAUUCUCCUGAUAUCACCUUUGACGCUGUAGUCUCUCAGAUGCAACAGCGGGUAAUGGAGGCAAUGGAACACGGCGGCAUUCCAUUCGAUGUGAUUGUACGGGAAGCGGCUGUGAAACGAUCCAGCAGUCAUUUCCCUCUCGGCCAGUUAACAUUCAACUAUCAAAGCCAUGGGCCAAUGAAGAACUAUGGCACUCAGCACUUCGAUAUCGAGCGCUAUGAGACCGUGGAUAUUCCGACUGCGAGCGAAAUGAGCUUGGAGGCCGUUGAGGAUGCGGAUCAGGGACUACGGUUCUGUCUGGAGUACUCUCAGGCGCUAUAUGAUGCCGAGGAUAUGCACCGUUUCCUCGAUAACUUCAUUACCUGUCUGACAGCCACCAUCAAGGACUAUCGUCAGCCGAUAACCGAAAUCCCCAUCUGUGGCCCGGCAGAGAGGGCUUUGUUAGAGAAAUCCUGGUUCCAAUCUGCCUCUGACAUUGACACCCAGAUGGAUAUUGUGGACAUUAUUUGCAAGAAAUCUGCAGAUUCACCUUCUUCUGUCGCUCUGACUGACUCUGACGGCCAGAGUAUGACCUACUCGGAGCUUCUAGAGGCAUCUAAGAAGGUGGCUGUCUGCCUUCAGACCCAUGGUGCCCAGCCGGGGGAUGUCAUUGGACUUCUGGCCACCCCCAGUGUACACAUGCUUGUCGGAAUGAUGGGUAUUUUGUUCAAUAGAUGCGCUUACGUAGCCAUGGAUCCAGACUUCCCUCUGGAACGACUCCAAUACAUGGCAACGGACUCGAACUGUUCUGCAAUUUUGGUUGAUCUCGAGGCGGGCAAGCAGGCUCAGCCCAUUGGCCCGACCUUGCUGAAUAUCCGCCAGGCCGUCAAUUCGCCGAUCAGAAAGGCAUUUGAACUUGCGCCUUUCCAAAACAACAUGCCUUUCUAUAUCACAUACACAUCGGGAAGCACUGGAAAGCCUAAAGGGGUGGUGAUGAGACAUAGCAACGCCCAGCCCAUGCUGCAAGAUAUCCAGAAUGAAUUUCACUUCGACUCCCAGGACCGCUUUUUGCUCGCCACAUCGAUCUGCUUCGAUCUAUCUGUUCUGCAGAUCUUCACUCCCUUGUUGGUCGGUGCGACAGUGUGCAUCUCAACAACCACCACCCGCCGCGAUCCGCUGCUCCUAUCGCAGUUCAUGAAGGACAGUGGCGUCACAUUCACGUACUUUACUCCCUCACAGUUUGCUGUACUCCUCGAAGGAGCGGAAGACGACCUUCGUGAUUGUCAGACCUGGCGCACGGCUUUCUUUUGUGGAGAAGUACUUCCUCCUCGUCUCGCUCGGCAGCUGUACAGCCUGGGAACCCCGGCGGUGGUUUACAACACCUACGGGCCAUGUGAAGCCAUGGUCCAAAUCACCCUCCAGCAGGUCGAUUCUUCCGUUUCCGAGGGUGAAUCGAUAUCAAUCGGACGCCCUCUGGCGCAUUCCUGGUGCUAUGUCGUUGAUGCAGGCCUCAACCCCGUGCCGUUUGGCGUCGAUGGAGAACUCUGCGUUGGCGGGCCUCAGGUGGGCGAUGGAUAUAUCGCCCGACCGAAAGAAAGCCGCAAAGCGUUCCAUCUAGAUCCAUUUCAUCAUGCUACUCCUGAUCAACAGGCAACACACAUCUUCCGCACAGGAGACCUAGCCCGAAUGAAUCGGGGCGGUACGAUUGACUAUGUUGGACGCCAGGCAGGUACAACCUUGGUUAAGCUACGGGGAUAUCGCCUUGACCUCCAGGACAUCGAGCAAAAUAUCCUGGCGGAAGCUCGUACUAGCGAACCCAAGGAUGUAGCAGCCGUGUGCGUUUUAGCAAUGUCUCCAGGAACCGACACACACGAACAUUCUCUGGCCGACCAACGGCAGUUGAUCGCCUUCCUAGUGCUGCGGGACUCCUGGCAUGCCAAUCCAGAUGCAGUCGUGAGUAAGUUGCACCACGGUCUGAGCAAGAGGCUCUCAAACUACAUGGUUCCUAGCGCUUAUCACAUCCUCUCUCAACUGCCACAAACCAUUGGGGGCAAGACCGACCGACAAAGGUUGCUCAAAACGCCGUUGAACCUCAUAUAUCCGAAACGGCAUAUUACCAUUAACACCAAGACUGAGCCAGACAAUGAACUUAACGCAAUGUCGAUUUAUGAGGGGGUACACGCGCUUUUCCGCUCUACCCUGAAGCUACAGCCCAAGGAGAGUGUGGAAGAACACACAAGCUUCUUUGAGCUUGGAGGCCAUAGUGUGCUUCUUCUCGGCGUCCAAUCUGCCAUUAGUCGCAAGUUCAAGGCAAAGGUUCCCCUGCGGGAUAUCCUUGACCAACCUACCCCCAUUGGAAUUACGGAGCUCGUAUGUUCAACAUUGAGAAUUCCCAUGGAUUUCCACAGCCAGAACGCCUCAUCGACAGGGACGUUGACACCUCUUACCCCUAGCGAUGCUUCUGAGGGUUCCUUUGUCAUCACCGACGGAAAUACAACCCCAGGUGGUUAUACCCCGGUCGUGGAGAAGAUCGACAUUGCUGAGAAGCUGAAGCAAGGUCUUUCCAGCCAAAAGCAAGCUCUCUCCGACCAGAAACAUACUUACCCAAUCGACUGGGAAGAGGAGACAUUGCUCCCUGUGGAGGACCGUUACCAUAUCCCCGCGGGAGGCGAAUACCCUGCUCAGGACAAGGGGGCCGAUAUCUUCAUUACGGGCGCUGACACCUUCGUCGGCAUCCAUUUCCUCGCCCAGGUCUUGUCUCAUUCCAAUGCGACAGCCCACAUCAUCGGCACCUCAAGCCGGAUUAGCCACGCGAGCGUGAUUAAUCAAUUCCGAAAGUACGAUCUUCUCCAGUUUGUUUCCACUGGCGCAGUGUGGUCUCGCGUCCGCUGCUACCAUGGCGACAUGACCCGCCCGCACUUCGGUCUCACCGAUUCCGAAUUCCAGCGGCUGGGAGCCCGCGUGCAGACCAUCUACAACUUGGGUGCAUAUGUCUCUCUCAUCCAGACAUACUCCAGCCUCAAGUCCGUGAAUACCCGCGCCAUCCUGGAUAUCAUCGAACUGGCAGCCUGCGGCCCUCAUGUGUCUGAGAUCCACCACCUCUCGACCUUCAGCGUGCCGCAUCUACAGACUUGGACGAAGUCUCUGCAUCUGGAGGACAACUUUUCCACCGCUGAAGAGCCGCCCCUCGACUACCGUCCCUCCACGUCUGAUGACAACGGCUACAUCAAAGCUCGCUGGGCGGCGGAAAUGCUCUUGACCAACGCCUCUGAUCGCGGCUUCCCAGUCCAGAUUUACCGUUCCUCCAUGCCAACCGCAAGCACACUCACUCAGAUUAGCCAGGGGGACAGCGGGGUCAUUGAGCGCAUUGUUACCCUCAUGCUGAGCACGGGAUAUGUACCCAAGCCCCAGUCCGGGGAGUUGGACAUGGCGGUUGAUCUAGUCCCCGUGGACAUCGUAGCCUCGUGGCUUCAUGCCCUAUCGAUCGGGGCACCGAGCGAAGGCAGGUUGGGUGUCUGGCACCUGACAAACCCACACCCGCUGCCGUUCAAAGAGCUCGCAAAUGUCAUUCCAUCCAUGGUAGGCGGCCCGGGGCACAGUGAGCUGCUUGGCACAGACAUGUGGAUCGACAAGGUCGGGAAGUGCUGUGGUGACUCGGAGAGAGAUCGAUUGAUUUGGGAUGCGACCACUGGGUUGCUGAAAGAGGGACAUGUCAUGUUCCAGUUGGAUGCGGAGAGGACACAUGCUACGUUGAAGACGAUCAAUGGGCUUCCCCAUUGUCCUCCUGUGGAUGCUGAAUACUUGGGCCGACUGAUGAAGUAG